GUUUGCGCCUGGGGUUUUAGCUGAUACACGGAGCUGAGAGAGAGAGAGAGAGAGAGAGAGAGAGAGCAGAAAAACCCUUCUUUCAUACGCUCAACCUUUUAGAACCUUAUAGAAUAUUCCAGAACAUUCGAUUGCAGGCAGACGAAGACCGAUGGUGGAAGCAUUCUCAUCUCCUUGACAAGGGAUCAUCUCCACAUCCAUGGCUCUUCCUCUCGGGAAGCUCACCAUCCUCGUGGGAGCAGGUCUACUUGGGUCCGUGCUUGCACAAGAAGGGGGUGUCUCAAAAGUGUCUGAUUUCUUCUCUGGUGCUUUCAAGAUUGCUUUCAAGCACAUUCAGCAAGAUGAUUCUCCAAAAACUGCCAAGAAACCAAAUGAUUCUUUGCUGUUGGCUCAGGUUAAUAGCCUACGGCAGGAGCUGCAAUUGCUGGCAUCAUCCAGAUCAGUUACAAUUAUAACUGGAAGUAGAUCAGGUGCUACGACUUAUGGCGUGCCAGUUGUCGUCGUCGUUGUUGUUGGAUAUGGAUAUAUAUGGUGGAAGGGUUGGAAGCUUUCUGAUUUGAUGUUUGCAACACGACGUAGCUUAUCUGAUGCUUGCACAACUGUAGCUAAGCAACUCGAGCAAGUUCAUUCAUCUAUAUCGGAUGCUAGGAAGCAGCUAUCUGCCAGAAUUAAUCAUGUGGAUAGUAAUUUAGAUGAGUGUAAAGAGCUUACUGCUGCGACCAGAGAUGAGGUUUCUGAACUGCAUGGUGACUUGAGGGGAUUUAGCGUCGAUGUUGAAUCUGUCCAUCGUGCAGUCCAAACUCUGGAGACAAAAAUUGGUCGAAUUGAAGAGAAACAGGAUCUGACAAAUCUAGGAGUUCAUCGCUUGUGUGGGUUUGUAAAGCAAUUAGAGGAAAGCAAAAGUGCAGAGCGUGUUCAGGCAAACCAAACUUCAUCCUUUUCCAACUUAUUUUCAUCGUGCACAUUGAUUCUUGAUGCCCAUUUCCCCCCUUUUUCUGACUCUCUAAUUCUGCAGGCAAUACCGUCCAGUUCUUCCAGGCCGGCUCUUGAACUUCCACAAAUAUCCCCCACAUCUAGGAUUGGAUCCUUGCCCCCUACGCCACGGAUCACUCUAGCAAUUGAACCAUCAUCUCCAUCUGCUUCCAACCAAACUCCAAUGGUUUCCCGACCUCUCCAAGCAGCUUCCUCAGCUUCAGGACUAAAGGAUCUGCAAGGAAUUUCAAGUUUGAUCCGGGCAACAUCGGAUCCUGUAGCUCCAAACACAACCCCUGAAAUGGCAGAACCGAACGGAGAUGGAUCUUCUAGUUCCAGCCGGUUUGGAUGGAAGCUGCCCAUCCUAAAUGCAGGUUUCCUAUCAAGAACCCGCAGCGCUACAUAUUCCAAAUAGCUCACAAGGCCCAUUUCCCCUUCCGAAUUUGCUGAUGUUGCAUGGGGUUCUGCACCCUAUUUCGGUGCACAAGCCAUCAGAAGUUUUUCUUUUUCUUUUUUUUAAAAUGCCCCCACUCUUAUCAAAGAGCAGUGCUCAGGUACAUAAACAACAGUGUAAUAAUAAGGGACUUUGGAGCACUGGAAUUUUUGUAGAUUUUGCAAUACGUGAUCAUACAACCGAUGGACAACAUAGAGCAUCCGGAUAGAGCAAAAUGUUACAUAAUUUUAUUUAGAAGGGUCAGUUAAUGAAAUUUUGGGUGGGGUUUAAAUGGA